CUUGUGCUGCCACUCUUCGUGACCACACCUCAUCCUCUCAGUUCUCUGCUUAGCUAGUAGUGUAGCUACAAUGGCUGGCGUGACUCGAGUUAGGCUUUGGGCUCUUGCCUUCGUCGCUCUCCUUGGCCUCCAGGUCGCCUUGGCCACUAGAUCCCUUCUUGGAACUAGCGGAGGAGGUGGCGGCGGUGGAGGAGGUGGUGGCGGAGGUGGUGGAUCUGGUGCCGGUGGGUCUGGAUAUGGCUCUGGCUACGGAUCUGGAUACGGAGAGGGUGUCGGCGGGGGGAGUGCUGGAGGGUACGGUAGAGGCGGUGGCGGAGGGGGUGGCGGUGGAGAGGGAGGCGGUGCAGGUGCUGGCUCUGGUUCCGGGCAUGGCUACGGCUCCGGCUCCGGAUACGGUGAGGGUGCUGGUGGCGGGAGUGCUGGAGGGUACGGUAAGGGAGGAGGCGGUGGCGGCGGCGGGGGAGAAGGAGGAGGGGCAGGAACUGGCUCUGGUGCCGGGCAUGGCUAUGGCUCCGGAUACGGUGAGGGUGCUGGUGGUGGGAGUGCCGGAGGAUACGGCCGUGGCGGCGGCGGCGGUGGCGGUGGCGGAGAAGGGGGUGGUGAAGGCGCCGGGGCUGGGCACGGGUAUGGGUCUGGGUCUGGCUACGGCAGCGGAGGAGGAAAUGGCCACUACUAGGUCAAGCAAUGUUCGGUGGCUUCAAGUAGUACGUGUAAUAAGAGCUCUCAUGCUGAACCUUUAAAGCCGCUGUAGGUUUAAUUGGAGGUGGUGAAAUCAGUGAUGUUUGUGCGUGUGUGUAAUGAAUGCCAAAUAAGUGAAAAUGAAAGCUUGAUGUUCUCAUGUUAUAACGUAAGCGUACUCGUUGACACGAGGAAUGCUUUUAAGUGAA